AAUAUUCUCACUUUCCUUUUUAUUUCGAGCUCCCCUUUGCUACUGAUGUGUAGAAAGCCUGCAUCCGGUUGGCCACGCUUUUAUUUUGAAAAAAUGAGAAAGUACUACUCUUUACUUUCCAGUUAGCUUAGUGUUUCUUCAAGAGGAAGUAGUCGUAAAUGAAACGCCCAAAGACGAAUAUCACCUGAAACAGAAACAUCUGGGAUAAAGUACAGCAUGGACGCGAACAAACCACAUCAGACAACAAUGACCACAGCUAGAGAUGCCACUGGACCAGAAGAGGAGGCAGGAAAGAAAGCAGCUGCAGCCCAAUCAGCCAACCACCUUCCUGAAGUCCGUCUGGUGGUGCUGGGCUGGAGGUGGCCAGGAAAGAGCCUGACGGGCAACACUAUCAUUGGCCGGGAGGAAUUUCGCCUGGAGCGAGCAGCUGAGUUCUGUGUCAAGAGGCAGACUGAGGUGCAGGGGCGGCAGGUGGUUGUGGUGGACACUCCAGGGUGGUUCUCUGCCCAGGAUACACCCCCCUCCUAUAAACAAGAGCUAUUGAGAGGUGCAUCUCUUUCCACUCCAGGGCCGCAUGCCUUCCUGCUCGUCAUCCCUGUGGGCAUGUUCACAGAAGUGGACCGCGCGCGCAUUGAGGAGCAUGUGAGCCUCUUUGGGGAGUAUGUGUGGAAGCAUACAAUUGUGGUUUUCACUUGGGCGGAGGUGUUGAGGACCAUAUCAAUUGAAAGGUACAUUCGCAGGGAGGGCAAGGAGCUGCAGUGGGUGCUGGAAAAGUGCAAGCGAAGGUACUUUGUCAUAAAUAACUGCAUAUUCGAGGAGCAUCCCCAGGUAGGACGCUUGAUGGAGAAAGUGGAGAAGAUGGUGGCAGAGGAAGGGGGCCACUACAACCAAGAGGAGGCUAAGCAAGAAAAGAAACCUCUGGAGGAGAACCAGAACCCAGCCAGAGAUAUGCGGGAGCUGGGAGCGAGACCCAAACAGAACUCUGGACUGGGUUUGUCCAAAGCCAUGGAGGUGGAGCCGCUUUCCAGUGAGUGAUGAUGUGUAGGGUUGGGCCGAGAAACCAGUUUGAUAUUACGCUCUGGAUGGGUAGACCAAAUUUUACCAUUAUGUGUUGCACUUGACUCAGCAGACCCUCUUGAACGGAAAAUAACUCCAGUCCACUUGGGGGCAUUAAUGCAUCUCUAAGCUGGUUUGCCAACCACCAAUAAACAUUAAAUGAAACAGCAGCAGAACCCAAAGCAGCACCACAAUCAGCAGGACAACUGAGUGGAACUUUGUUUUUUUAUCUUUCACAAUCAUUCAAAGUGUGUCAGCUUCAAAUCUGAGAUGUUGCCAUAUUUUGGCUCUAUAGGAAUGAAAGUUUAAAAUAUUAUGAGUUUCUUGAAGGACAUUACUGAUCAUUUAAGAGCCAGAUCUAAUGAUCUAAACUAAUGAACAAUACUUUAACUUCCUGGAAAAGAGAAUUUAUCAUGGUGACUUGAUUUUGCUCAAUUCCACAUAUCGCAAUUUUUUAAGAAAUCUGUGCCUUUCCUAUUUAAUCAAACAAUGAUCAGUGUGCUGCCUUAAAUCCAUACACAACAUCCUGUUUCAACAGACAAGUCAAGUCAACACAUUAAACACAUUUAACCUGCAACAACUGAUUGUUUUAGUUACUCAGCAGAAUCAAGAUGUGAAAACAACACCUACAUAUUAACACCCUUUACAAAACAAAUUGUUGCUUAUUUUCACAUUCAGCAGUUGGAAGAAUAUUUGUCUUCAUUUAGAGUUGUUCCUCUGGCUAGGUAAAGACAACAGCUGCCUGCCGCUGUAGACAAAACAAUGAAACAUUGAAAGUGAACCAUAACAGUAAAGCUGUGGGCCAUAAAACCACAACAGUGAGGGAGGUGAUAAUUCUCUGACUCACUUCUUUCACAUUAAAUCCAAUGUUGUGAUAAAAAAAAUUUGAUUAUAGCUACUUUAAGGAAGUAUUUAUAUAUAUAUAUAUAUAUAUAUAUAUAUAUAUAUAUAUAUAUAUAUAUAUAUAUAUAUAUGUGUGUGUGUUUGUGUGUUUGUCAUUUGAUGGAGGCAUCUUAACACCUUCCUAACAUGUUCCUUGCACCCUUAAUCAGUAAGCUUGCCAUUUCCUCCUACGGUCUCCAUAGCAACCCAAAGGCGACAAACCUAGAAACAAAACAAAGCACCAUCCCUCCCUUUCUAACUCUGCUACAAAAUUAGUGAGAUCAUAGUAUUUUAGCUAAGUGCAUGUGAAUCAAGCUUGUAUGUAAAAUGGAGCCCUAUUAAUAACACACUCAUGGCUGAUGGACCCUCUCAACCACGACUAACGUAUCCUCUGGCUUACUGUACCGAUGGCAGAGCUGCUUACUUGACGAGACAGAAAAGGGAAAUUAACGUAAAUGCCACUGAAUGUACAAACCAACAUGGUUUAUUUUUUUUAUUGGACAUGUUACUGUGUUUUAUGAUGCAGUUAUCUUCUCAAUGUUAUAAUGUGGGAGGCCUUUUCAACAUAAAAGCCUCUUUCUCAUGCUGAUGAUAUUUUGUUUGUUUGUGUGGAGGAUGUUUGUUGGGUUAUAAUAAUGGCUUUGAGCUUGUCUGAUGGGACAUAUUUAAUUUAAUCUAAAUUAUGUAAGUACAAGCUGUUACAUACAGUAGGCAAUCACCAUCAUUGUGUACACUCCUUAGUCAUGGUGGAUACCAGUGUCAAAACUGCACUACUAAAUAUUUUUUUAUAUUCUGUUGAUGACUGUUGAGGGAAUGGCUUUUAUUCCUAUUUGUUGUGACCAAACUGUAAAUUCCUUUCUCAUUCUGCAAUGUCUGUCAUUAUCUUGGUGUACAGGUAUAAAUGUAGUACUUCAGCAGUUGUUGAUUUUGUCUGUUCCCUCAAAGUAGUGAUUUUCCAGAUGUUUGUAUAACUUUGUGACAGAGUGAUUUGUUAGAGGCAAAGGUGCUCUGCCGUGGCCCUCUAACAGAUGCACUCAGUUUUCAUUAAAUCUUGAAAAAAUUGAGGUUAAAAGUACAAAAGUGCAAGGAGAAUUAGUUUACUUAGGUGAAAUGUGUCUGAAUCUAGGUUGAAGCAUGUGCUUUGCAAUGUCUCAUACUGUAUGUGCAUCCUGACUUCUACGGUUUAAAAUUGGUGGUGUGUUUCUUAAACGUCUCUACAGAAGUUCAGCUCACUGAGUGAUUAGAAGGUUUUGUGUCAGUGGUUUUUACAGGACAUUUCCCAAAGGCCACAGAGAGGCACCUAAUGAAGGGAGUCUAAUAUUUCCAUCCUCUGGCAUUGUGUUGUGUAGUUUUAUUUUACCACUCUUUCAACUGCUUGCUUCAAGUGUCUUUAAAAUGUACCAUUACUAGCUGCCACUUACACCAAGUGGACUGGUAAGUUAGAUGCAGGGUUCCCACAGGUCCUUGAAAGUUUUGAAAUUUAAGAAAAAAAAAUGAAGAUCUUUUGUUAAGAGAACUAGACAUUGAAAGUCUUUGAAUUUACAUAUUAAAUGAGUUAUAGAUAUUGAAA